AACGUUCUGACCAAACCCUAACUGCAACAACAAAAACUCUCAUUUCACGCUCGCAACCAGCACUACCAGAAUUCCCGAAAAAGCAUAAAACAAAACCCUAAUUCUCCUAAAAAAUAUUACCGUUUCAUCCUCAAUCAAUGCAGUGAAGCAAAACCCUAACACUCUCCAUACCUCCACAGACUGAUCUUCAUCAUGUCGGGGGAUCGCCGGGAAUCACCUCCGGUGAUCGGAGGAGGAAACGGUGUGGUUGAACCGGAGAAAAAACCAGCUCCAGUGAUUGUGCCGAGUCAGAGGCUGAGACUACACGCUAACAAGGAUCACAUGCCGGAGAGCUAUGAAGAUCUGCAACUGGAUUUUUGUCCUUCGAUUUUUAGUUCGCUGGAGAAAUACUUGCCGCCGAAUAUGCUUCAUGAUAGUAGAGAAGAGAAAGUGAAGUUCAUGAGAGAUAUUCUAUUAAAGUAUUUGCCACAUGGAGAGCGAACCAGAGCUCAGAAACAUAGAGAAUACAGGCAGAAGAUAAUAUCGCAUUAUAAGCCUUUGAAAAGAGAGUUAUACACAAUGCACCCCGUUACUUUCUUUGUCCCCUCCUUCAUGAAAGCAAUCAAUGAUAAUACAGAGGACAGUCUUAGAAGCAUAAUAUCAGAACCCUCUCCUGGUGUGCUCACAUUUGAGAUGCUUCAGCCACGCUUUUGUGAAUUGCUAGUAGCAGAGGUUGAAAAUUUUGAGGCAUGGGUUAAUGAUACAAAAUUUCGAAUCAUGCGACCAAAUACAAUGAAUAAAUACGGAGCUGUUCUGGAUGAUUUUGGCCUUGAAACAAUGCUUGACAAGCUUAUGGAUGGUUUUAUCCGUCCUAUAUCUAAAGUUUUUUUUCCUGAUGUUGGUGGGGCAACUCUGGAUUCUCAUCAUGGUUUUGUUGUUGAAUAUGGCAAAGAUUGGGAUGUUGACUUAGGCUUUCAUGUGGAUGACUCUGAAGUAACUUUGAAUGUUUGCUUGGGUAAGCAAUUUUCUGGCGGAGAAUUGUUUUUCCGGGGCACAAGGUGUGAUAAACAUGUAAAUACAGGAAGUCAGCCAGAGGAAAUAUUUGAUUACUCUCAUAUUCCUGGACAAGCUGUGCUUCAUCUUGGUCGUCAUAGGCAUGGUGCUAGGGCCACAACAUCUGGUCAUAGGAUCAAUUUACUCCUGUGGUGCAGAAGUUCAGUCUUCAGAGAGAUGAAGAAAUAUCAAAAAGAUUUCUCGAAUUGGUGUGGAGAGUGCUCACGAGAGAAGAAAGAAAGGCAACGGGCAUCCAUUGCUGCUACUAAAUCGGAGUUGCUAAGGAAGGAUGGUGAAUCCGUAGUGUAAGUUGUUUCAGUUGUAGUUUUUUUCUGUUAAUUGUAGACUUGUGCAGCUCUGGAUGCAAAGCGCCGCAGUUGGUAACCUUUAGAAGUUCAGUUUUGUGCUCCAGCUUGGUUGUAACUUGUAUGUACAAAUUAUGUCAAGUGCAUGAGAUGAAUCUGCUUGUAGCUGAUAGCAGUAUGCCUGCACAUUUUGUAAAAAGAUUUAGGAUCAGUCUGAUCAGUGAUCAUAAUUAAAAGUUCUUAGCACCAUAUUUAGGGAUA